AUGCGGUGGCUGAUUCUGCUACUGCUGAUUGCCGGUUGCCGAGCCGAAGAAUGGGACGCGUACAACUACCCGAAUCCCACAGCUGGACAGUUCAAGGAAUGUAAAAUGAAGACUACUGCAAACAUUUGCGAUCCAGAUGGUGUGCUCUCCGAACAGGCUCGAUAUCGACUCGAUCAUGAUCUGAAACAGCUGGAAAGCAGAACUAGGCAGGACCGAGCUCCAACGUUCUGCGAUAAGAAGGGUGUGACAGCCGCAAUGGCAGUGGCUCGACAUGUGAAGGGUGGUUCAACGGAGUCUGAUUCCCACUCGAGUUUAAUAGCCCAUUCGUUCCUCAGAAGGACGCUCGCUUGA